GAUGUACAGGUAUCGAGAGCUUUAAGAACAAUCUCUCCUUAAGAAUCGCCAAGGAAAGAGACCCCAACUUGAGGCUGAGUCUCCAGAGAAUCCCUAAUAACAUCAAGAAGAAAGCCCACAAGUUUAAGAAGACACUCAAAAUGUGAGGUGGGGGGUUUGCUUAACCAGUGGGAUACUGAAAGCCAGCAGGGUUUGAGGGUGGUCUACAGGAAGAAAGCCUCCCCAAUGCUGACUCCUGUUCCACACAUACACAGAUCCUAAACCACUAGAAUCCCCACCAGACAGAACUUCCUGUAUCUGUUUCUCUAUUAUCUCUGGAUUCUAAUGAAGACAUGGCUGAAUGGGACCAUUACAUUCACUCCCUGCCUACCCCCGGCUCUGGGUCCUGUGAACUCUCUGCCCUGUUCCUCCCCUGUUGCUUCCCGCCAUCCUAGCCAAGCACAGAGAGUUAGAAUCUGGAGGGUAUGUGAUCUGUAGAAUAUAGGGGGUCCCUGGAGAUGGAAAGGGUUCCUGGAGAGCAUGGGAGUCUCUGGAAGGGUGAAGCCUGAAGAAGAUAGAAGACCCAUAGGAAUGAUGGGUGGUCUUGGAGAAAGUGAGGGUUUCCAGAGAGGAUGAAGCCUGGAAAAGAUAGGGGUACCUUUAGGGGAGGUCCCUGGAGAGUGUAGCUUGAUGAGGGGCCCUCGACAGAGGCCAUUGUCUCCAUCAUACACACUAUGAUCUAGAACCCCCCCCCAGUCCUAUACAGCCACAUUCUAGAGCUCAGGGGCAGGGACCCCUUUCAAUUCUCCAAGCCCCUGGGGUGAGAGGGAGGCCUUUCUUUCAUGCUCUGCUUUUGGGAACUGCCUGGCACUGACGCCAGGGGGACGAGCCCACCUGUGCAGAGGCUGGGUCCCAGGCUGUCCUGAGUCUACUCUUGCACAGAGGAGGUAAGGCUUCCCAACUGGCCCCCUUCCCACAAAAGCAGAGCCCAGCCAAGCAGCUCCCACUCUCCCCUACCAGCUCCCUGCCAAAGCAUACCCAGGGUUCUCCAAGUAGAAGAGACCUUACCUUUGGGGCCUAAGGCCUCCUUAGAGCCAGGGGGUGGGCAACAUCUUGGGGACAAUGCUGCAGGGCCUGAAACUCCUCCUAGCCAGGGAGGGUAUGGAAAGCUCACAGAGUCCCUAACUGCUUGAGACCCCCAGAGGUGAUUGCAGCCUGCAGCUCUGCCCUGAGCGUCAGCAGGACCAGGGACAGGAAUGUGGGGGCCAGAAUGAGAUGGGCCAGGGCUCCCAGCACCCGGUCACCCUCUUGUCCGUGGACAGAGCCGGCCAUGGCGGAAGAGAUAUGGGUAGGCUCUUGGAGGCCCCACCGCCCCCGGGGACCCAUCAUGGCCCUCUACAGCAGCCCUGGACCCAAGUACCUGAUUCCACCCACCACGGGCUUUGUGAAGCACACACCUACCAAGCUGCGGGCACCUGCCUACAGCUUCCGUGGAGCUCCCAUGCUCCUGGCAGAGAACUGCUCCCCAGGGCCCCGCUACAGUGUGAACCCCAAAAUACUGAGGACUGGCAAGGACAUUGGCCCCACCUACUCCAUCCUUGGGCGCUACCACACCAAGACUGUGCUGACCCCAGGACCGGGUGACUACUUUCCAGAGAAAUCUACCAAGCAUGUGUUUGACUCGGCACCCAGUCAUUCCAUCUCAGCACGGACCAAGACCUUCCGAGUGGACAGCACCCCAGGCCCUGCUGCGUACAUGCUCCCGGUGGUGAUGGGGCCACACACUGUGGGCAAGGUCUCCCAGCCCUCCUUCUCCAUCAAAGGCCGCAGCAAACUGGGCAGCUUCAGUGAUGACCUGCACAAGGCAAGGACCCCAGGUCCUGCAGCAUACCGCCAGACUGAUGUACAAGUGACCAAGUUCAAGGCACCACAGUAUACCAUGGCUGCCCGGGUGGAGCCCCCAGGGGACAAGACUGUCAAGCCAGGACCAGGAGCCCACAGCCCUGAGAAGGUGACCCUGACCAAGCCCUGUGCUCCCAUUGUUACCUUUGGCAUCAAGCACUCGGAUUAUAUGACACCCCUGGUUGUUGAUGUGGAAUAGCCCCACCCCACCAGUUCCACACAAGAGGUCCCCACAGGAGAUCAGCUGGGCCAUGGACUGGAAGCAUCCUCUACCAACUGGGCCACUGCUGGACUGGCUCUACAAAGCACAGCAUACUUAUUUGGACAGUUUUAACAAAUUAUUUUUUCUACACUGUAUUCCCAUUUGCUAAUCUUGUUUCCUGCUGUGUCCAAAUUAUAAAAUAAAUCACAGAUUCCAUUCUUAAGGGUUUGUCUUGGGGAAGCGCCAAAUUUUCCUAGAAGGAACUCCCCCAUGGAUUGUCAGUGUCACCAUAUAGGAGGUCCCAUCCUGGCCUUUUCGGGACCCCAGGGGUCUGCAGAGGAUGACAAGAGGCUUGAGAGCCUCAGAACUCUGACUCAUCUGUGCUUAUACCUACACUGUGGCCUUUCCUGAGAGCUAUGGUCUGUUCCCCUUCCUCUCUUGAAUCUGGACCACCAUCAAUAAUAAGAUAUGAUGUAAUUGCCCGACACCCCCAUAUGUGUGUUGUGAGGAAACAAUGCAUCCAAAGCUCCGUGGGAAUC